AUGGCUGCAGAAUUAUUAGAUAGGUUGCUGUCAGAAGAAAUAAAAAUAGAUGAUUUUAGAAAUUGGCUGUCAGAUAUUUCUACAAAGGAUAGUAAAUAUGAAGAAAUAGUAAAAUUAAAUUGUGGACAUGCUGAAUUUGUUAUACAUUUUUUAAAUCAUUUACGAGAUCAAACAUCAAGCAUUUUAAAUUCGAGUACAACACAACCAACUCCUCGCACCAUACAAACUCCAAGAAAGAACAGUAUAAGUGAAAAUUCUGUAACGAAAAAAUCAACAUCUACACGGCGUGUAGAAUUAUUUCCCGAAUUAACAAUCAACGAAGAUAAUUUUCCACGUUUACCUUUAGAAAAUACCCCAAUUAAAACCAAUUUAAAAUCAAGCGGCAUUUGGGAAGACACUCCAAGCACACCAAAUCGUUCCGUAUUUCAUAGUACACCAAAAUCGGAUAUUUUCACACCAUCACCAUCUCUCGAACAAUCCAAGAAAAAUAGUUCAUCGUUGGUGACAUCUUCAUUGAAUGAAAAUACAUCGAAACAACGUAAUUUUGAAAAACGUAACUCAGCAUGUUUGGGUGAUUUCAUUGUUGAACGAAAAAAUUCGAAAGGGAAAAGAACAUCAAUUGAUUCAGAAAAACCACGACGAAUCAAGCCAACUAGUUUAUUUUCAUUAAAUUCAUCUAGUGACCCGACUAAUAUUAAAAAUGACAGCCCGUUAUUUACGAAUAUCCGAGAUAUCGAAUCAAACGCUAUUUUUAAAGUAUGCGACGUUAAAGAAAAUGUACACGUUGUUGAUGAUCGAAAUCUAUUACGAGCGGAAUGUUUAAAAAUUUCAACGCUUAUUCCAAAUAAUAAUCUUACACCGACAAAGAAAAAAUUUGAAACACAAACAACAUCCACGACCCGUAAUUAUAUUAAAAAGGAUAAUGAGUAUCAAGAAUUUUGUGAAGCUUUCGAAGAAAGCAAACGAAAAUCACAUCCUGAAGAAUUUCAAACCGAAUAUUUUCAUUCGUUACACAAUUGUGUUUAUUUCGCAUGUAAAAUUCUAUUACGAUUACAAAAUUCAUUACAAAUCUUAGAUCGUCCUACGUUAAAAAUUCUACAAUCGAAUGAACGUGUUCAAGAAUUUUCUCCGGAACUCGGUGAGAAAUUAACGGAAUUUUAUCAGCAAAAGUUAUCGGAAAAUGAAUUAGUUUUAUAUAAAAAUUCAACGCAAAAUUGUGUAGUUCGAUUUAUAGCCGAUACGGAUAAUCGAAAUAAUUUUACAAGUGCGGUCUCGUUUCAUGCAUUUCGUAAACAACGUGAUUUAUUUUAUGAGAUUUUACGAACAUGGGAACAAAAUCAUUUGAGUGCAACGUGGAAUUUUAAACAGUUGGUGAGAUCGAUACAUAGUUUAAUGAAUUUAAGUGGUGUGGCAACGGAACCGAUUAAUUUUUUACAUUUGGCACGACUUUUUAAAUAUCAAUUGUUGAGUAAUUGUAGUGGUUUUGAUGGGAAAAGCGGUUUUGAGGAAGAUAAAGCCUUAUGUUCGUCAUUAAAAAAUGUUAGUGCCACAAAAUUAUCGCUUUUACAAUCAAGACUUACCACACCCCAGACAGGUGAAAAUUCGAAUGAUUUUCCAGGACAUCAAGAAUUUUAUAAAGAAUUUUUAAUACAUUGUGAAAAACCGCAAUUUUUACGGCAUUUAAUGGAUAGUUUUAUUAGUGAAAUACAUCAAUUAUAUUUUGAUGGAUUCCAUUUUGAAAAUUUAAAUUUCGAAGAAAGUCCAGAAUCAAAAUAUAAAUACAGUGAAACCAUUAUGUCAUUGAAAUUGUUAAGCAAAUUUUUAUCAUUUAUCGAAUGUUUAUCGUACACACAUGUAAUACAAACACCACUACCAGAAAAUUUAAUUUCUAUUCAACAUGACGUUCGAAUACAUGUACAAAAUCAAUUAAAUUUACAUCAAUUUCUAUAUAAUUCAAUACAAAAUCACACACUUAUUCUAACAAUUCCAUGGAUAUGCGAUUAUUUAGCAAUGCAAGAUUACGUUUCAAUACGUUUACCAUGUAACAAACACAUUUUACAUACUUUAUUCGAAAUUUAUUAUCAUUUACGUGCAAUCGAAAUCGAUAAUACAGACGAUACAAUUUCAAAUAUUUUAAAUUAUGUAAAGACAAUGCCUUGUUUAUCGUUACUGUACUUAAAAAUAUGUUUAGGAUGGUUAUUUGAACGGCCACAUUUCCCCGACGAAUUAUUCUUUAAAUGGUUAACAAAUAAAUCGAAUUAUUGUGCAUUGACGACAGAGUUUGAUAGCUCGAAUUCAACAGCGAAACAUAUAUCGAUUAAAUCUCAACAAAAUUUCGAUGGAAGUACAUGUUUGGAUUUGGUUAGAAUUAUUGAUGAACGAAUGUUGUAUAAAUUAUGUCCGUAUUUAACGGAAAUUCGACAGUUAGUUAUGAAUAGUGAAUUAAAUUUACGAAGUAGUAAAAGUUAUUUAACGUCACGACAUAUUACGCCGGUAACAACAAUAUCGUUUAAUGGACCAGUGUCUACGAAGCAAUUAGAGUUACAAUUAGAAGAAACAUUCUUCAAUUCACAUCCAGGAUCUACUCGUAAAACCGUCGAAUUUGUAUCAGAUCGUAUUGCGUCUGCAUGCAUUAAGAAUAUAUGUAACAAUUUAGUACCAAAUUUAAAAGAACAAGCGAAAAAAGAUCUAAAUAAGUUUUUGAAAACUUUAAAAAUAGACGAAAUCAAACAAUUAGAGAAUAUUAUUCAAAAACAAGCACGAAUUAUAGCAGAUAAUUAUUAUUCAACGCUUUGUACAAAUUGUAGUCCAAAAAAUUUAUGCGAGGAUCGAUGUCAAGUGAGUUUAGGUGCAUUACUGGGUGAUUUACAAGAGCCAAUUUUAAAAUUAUGUAUUGAAUGGACGAUUCGACAUUCAAAGGAGAAAAUUUUGCAAUGGAUUCAAUCACAUGUUUCAACAGAUAUAUUUCUAAAAUGUUUGAACGAUAUAAUCAAACAUUUUAUAACGAAUAAACAAAUUUUGAAUGAUAAAAUCCAAAAGAAUGACGAUGAAAUUAGUGCUAAAAUUGAAAUGACAAAUGAUGUAUUUUAUAAUACUUUAACAUUUGAAAAGUUAUCGCCUGAGAUUAUAUGGAAAUUUAUGGACCGUGAAAUAAAUAAUUAUUGUAUGGAUGAAUUCCAUCAAUUUUUAAAAGAUAUUGAAUUAAGUAUGACGUCACGUACGGAUUUUAUUCCAUUUGUACUCGAACAAGUUAUUAAUUUGACCAUUGAUUUAGCCUUAGUUGUAGUAACAUUUUCACCGAAUUUAAUGAAAAAUCCAGAAAUAUUAAACACAUUUAUAAACAUAUGGAAAAUAUAUCAAUCAAAAAAGAUCCCCAAGGAACAAACAAAACAAAAACAACAGCAGCCGUUAAUUCAUAAUACUUUGGAUGCAAAUAAUAUAAAUAUGUCGACGACAUUCGAGAAUAAUAUCGAUGAAAUGGCCGCAUCAUCAACAUCUGGUUUAAAUCAUGACAAUACUCUUGAACAUGAUAAUGAAUCAAUGAGUAAUCAACGAUUAAAUGAUCAAGAAAAUCGUUUUUCUCGUAUGAUAUGUUCACGUAAUAUAUUUAUGUUGGAACAAUCCGAUUAUCCUGAUGUAACAUGGACUGUGUUUGGUGAAUUAUUAUUUACAAUGGUGUAUCAGGAUACGAUUAUUAAUUGUGAUGAUUUGGAAUCACAAUGUACUGGAUUUUUUCAUAAUGAAUGGCCCGAGGUAAUUCUGAAACAUUUUUCAAUAGCUUUAAAUUAUCAUGAACAGAGGGCUAAAAAAUUAGAAAUUCAUGCUGAAUUAUGUCGUCGCAGUCGCUCAUAA